CCUUUUAAGUUUUUCUUCCAAAUUAUGAGCUCCGCUCUUCCCGUGCAAGUGAUAGUGCCAUGGGUCGAUGGUACCUUGAAUACCCGUUCCUCUCCAUUCACGGCUUGAUAUCAUAAUCAAUAUUUACCUGUCUAUCCACUGAUUUUACCUUUACUCCUCCAGUCUCUUCUCCUCUCGCAUCUUUGCUACCCAACCGACCAGAUAAUUCACAACAAAGCAACUCCUGCGGCCUGUUGUGUUGUACUUGCUUCCGGCGUCUACAUCUCCUUCCAUCUCGAUCUUCCACUUCGAAGGGCACUGCCACCCCCAUUCGCAAAACCUUAACCUUAAACUUCUGCGCCCAUAUCUCCGCAUCUGGGGCUCAAGCAUUGCCUCCCCCGCACCCCAGAAAUCUGCACGUCAUUCGCCAUGUCUGUUUCACUUCAGCACCGGGCUUCAGACAGCUCCGACGGCAUCGACAGGGUCGCCGAAGAGAAGCAAAAGCUCACCGUUAAUGCGACACCAUCCACAAAAAAGCAAGAUGCAUUGGGCCUUGACGACGCCGACCGGCAAUCCACUACGAACCGCUUCAAGACCUUCCGGUCAGCCUUCAAGUACAUCCACCACCUAACACCAAAGCAGGUAGAUGACUACAUGCACUCGUAUGUCAUUUACAACCUCGACUGGGCCGACGAAAAUGCCAUGAUCAAGGAACUUGGUCCCGACUACCAGGCCAAGGUCGGGGAGUGCUUGCAGGCUUACUACGGAGUCAUCAACCACCUCUGCGCCAUGGGCGAUGUCGAGAAGAUGUACAUCCCUCCCCACAUGGACAAGAGGGCCAAUGUCAUCGAGAACCAGCUGCUUUACGAGAAGGCCGUUGCGCGUGCUAUCGGCAUGAAGGCCGGCGACAAGGUUCUCGACUUGGGAUGUGGCCGAGGGCGCGUGGCUGCUCACAUGGCCAGCAUCACCGGCGCUACAGUUACCGGUCUCAACAUCGACCCCAACCAGGUCGCCCAGGCACAAGAAUUCAACAACCAGAAGGGAUUGAAGAACAACUUUGUACAGCAAGACAUGAACACGCUACCACUGCCCUUUGCCGACAACUCCUUCGACUGCUUUUACCAGAUCCAAGCGCUGUCACUGUGCAAGGAUCUCCCAACGCUCUUCCGCGAAGUCUAUCGCGUGCUCAAGCCGGGCGCCAAGGUCUCGCUCCUCGACUGGGUCAGCCUGCCAGACUAUGACCCCAGCAAUCCCGAACACCUUGAGCUCAUGAGGCGCGUCAAGCCCCUCAUCGGCGCCGUUGGCACACCCACACCCAAGAGUUUCGAGAAGGCCCUCGAGGAGGCCGGCUUCGUCGUCACAAAAUCCGAGAACGCGAGCAUCGACGGUCUACAGGCGCCACUGAUUGACCGGGUCGACAUUUACUUCCGCACUAUGCGCCAGAUCAUUCUGGGCUUGGUGAAGAUCCACGUCCUGCCCCAGCACUUCAAGACGUUGAUCGACAGGUUAUGUCUGGAUGGGCAGGCGUUUGUUAAGAUGGAUAGGAUGCGUCUUAUUUCAACGAGUUACUGGCUUGUGGCGGAGAAGCCCCUUUGAUCGUUUGAACAACAGAUACAACAACAACAAAAAGCCCGGCGCAUGGUGAUGGUUUCAUAAAAGUUGUUCGGCUUAUGAUACCGUUUGGACCUCUUGCGGUGGAUAUUCCCCCCUUUCGGUUCUUUUCUACAAUAAUCAAUAAUGUAUGUGUGAUGGAGGAUGCUGAUAGAUGAUGAUGAUGAUGAAUCAUCUCUUGUACGUCGGUUAUUGCAUCUCUCUCUUGUUUACUGUACCCUUCUUUUCGAACAGUUAGAUAUCCAUAGAAGUUGGCAUUUUUGGAAUUUGAAGCAAUAUCACAAAGACAAUCAACACCUUUGCAUA